AUGUUCCUACAGCUCUGCAUACGUUUCCUCCAGUGCAUCUUUGCAACUGUCCUGGCCUGGAUCGGUGUGCGAGGACAGCAGGUGCACGGCGCAUCACAUUUCUCUUCUACAGAAAAAGUCAAUCCAGCUACAAUCAAGGUGGUGAACAAUGUUAUUUCUCAAGCUGCGGCAACUCCAAGCAGUGUCAAUUAUCAUUUUACCCGACAGUGCAAUUAUAAGUGUGGUUUUUGUUUCCACACUGCUAAAACGUCUUUUGUCCUACCUAUUGAGGAAGCAAAGAGAGGUUUAAAGCUUCUGAAGGAAUCGGGACUGGAAAAAAUAAACUUUUCUGGCGGAGAGCCUUUCAUACACGACAGAGGUGAUUUCUUGGGGAAAUUAGUCCAAUACUGCAAACAUGACCUCCAGCUCCCAAGUGUCAGUAUUGUCAGCAAUGGCAGCAUGAUCAGAGAAAAGUGGUUCCAAACAUAUGGCGAAUACCUGGACAUUCUGGCCAUUUCCUGUGACAGCUUUGACGAGGACACCAACCAGACUAUUGGCAGAGCCCAGGGCAGGAAGAGCCACCUGGACAACCUCUUCAAGGUCCGUGACUGGUGCCGGAAGUACAAAGUGGCGUUCAAAAUCAACUCUGUGAUCAACACCUUCAAUGUGAAUGAAGACAUGAGAGAAAACAUCACAGAACUCAACCCUGUACGCUGGAAGGUGUUCCAGUGUCUGCUGAUCGAUGGCGAGAACGCUGGGGAGAACAGUCUGAGGGAGGCAGAGAGGUUUCUCAUCAGUGAUCAGCAGUUUCAGGACUUCCUGGAAAGGCACAGCAGCAUCAGCUGCCUGGUACCAGAGUCCAAUCAGAAGAUGAGAGAUUCCUACCUCAUUCUGGAUGAAUAUAUGCGUUUCCUGGAUUGCCGAGAGGGGAGGAAAGAUCCAUCCAAGUCCAUCCUUGAUGUUGGCGUGGAAGAGGCCAUUCAGUUCAGUGGCUUUGACGAGAAGAUGUUCCUAAAGAGAGGAGGGAAAUAUGUGUGGAGCAAAGCUGACAUGCGGCUCGAUUGGUGAUCCACACAUUAUAAUCAGUUAUUGCUACACUUCUGUAUGUUUUUUCUGUAUGUUUUUUUAUAAAAAAUAGUUUCCGCCUGUA